AUGUCUGAACCUAGCAAGGACGGUUCCCAGGGGACACCUCGUAGAGCGAGAGCGCCUACUAUUACAAUUGACACAACAAAUGACACCGAGCCUACAGCCGCCGCUCCUCAUCACUCGCCUGUAUCUCCUCAUGACGACUCGCCGUCUACCGUGAGCUCUAGGGGGGAAGCGCGACAGACGCAUUCAUUCGAUAGUGCUAGGGAUAGUAGGCCGACCAGCCCACACAACGUUUCUAGUCCUGUUACUGCAAGAGGAAUCGACAAGGGUCAGGCUUUCCUCUCCGUUCCGGAAAAUCACCACCGCUCGAGGCAAAAUUCGGUCGAUAGUGAAGAUGGAUCGCGAUCAAUCAGUUCCUCCCAAGGUGAUACGGUGACAGGUACGACAUCAUGGCAGGGCGAGAAGAGUGCCGUAUCAAAGCACUCGUUCGAUAAUGAAAAAAUAAUGAAGGAUGAUGAUGCCUUAAAACCGGAUCAAGGCAAGGAGGCCGAUUUCGAAGUGGAGAACAACCCUUUCGCAUAUAGCCCUGGCCAACUCACUAAGAUGUUUAACCCGAAAAGUUUAUCAGCUUUCUACAAGCUUGGAGGUCUUAUUGGGAUAGAAAAGGGGCUUCGCACUAAUCGUGAUACCGGAUUAAGCCCCGACGAAAAGCAUCUGGAAGGCAAAAUCUCGUUCGAAGAGGCGACAAGCCGUUCAUCGUCUAAGUUGGCUAAUGAAGGCUUGGAAAGUCCGCAAACACCGAUCGUUCGCUCAGAUACCGGCCGGAGACAUGGAUCCGAAGAGCAGUUCAUCGACAGAAAGCGAGUUUAUGGAGAUAACAGAAUCCCCGAGAAGAAAGGCAAGAGCUUUUUGCAAUUGGUAUGGAUCACUUACAACGACAAGGUUUUAAUUCUGCUUUCCGUCGCCGCCGUAGUAUCACUUGCCGUCGGUCUGUACCAGACAUUUGGCGCUGAGCACGAGGAUGGACAACCAUCUGUCGAAUGGAUCGAAGGCGUAGCUAUCAUUGUGGCUAUUGUUAUUGUGGUACUGGUUGGAUCUUUGAACGAUUGGCAAAAGGAAAGGCAAUUCGCGAAAUUAAACCGGAAAAAGCAGGACCGACUUGUCAAAGUCGUCAGGUCAGGUAAAACUGUCGAAAUAUCCAUCUUCGAUCUCCUAGCUGGCGACGUCGUUCACUUGGACCCUGGCGAUCUUAUUCCUGUGGAUGGCAUCCUCAUUCAAGGCUUUAAUGUCAAGUGCGAUGAAUCGCAAGCAACUGGUGAGUCUGAUAUCAUACGCAAAAGGCCGGCCGAUGAUGUGUUUGCCGCUAUCGAGAACGGAGAAGAUACGAGGAAGCUGGAUCCUUUCAUUCAGUCUGGUGGCAGAGUGAUGGAAGGCGUAGGAACUUUUCUGGCUACGUCUACAGGUAUCUACUCGAGUUACGGCAAAACGAUGAUGUCCCUAAAUGAGGAUCCCGAGAUAACACCCCUUCAGUCCAAGCUCAACGUUAUUGCUGAAUACAUUGCGAAGCUUGGAGGCGCUGCCGGUCUGCUCUUGUUCAUUGUAUUAUUCAUCUUGUUCCUGGUCCGCGUCCCGUCAGACGAUAGCUUGACACCGUCCCAGAAGGGCCAACAAUUCAUCGAGAUUUUUAUCGUCGUGGUUACUAUUAUCGUCGUUGCAGUGCCAGAGGGAUUGCCUCUUGCUGUCACGUUAGCGCUGGCCUUUGCUACAAAUCGUAUGAUCAAGGACAACAACUUAGUGCGUCACCUGAAAGCCUGCGAGGUCAUGGGAAAUGCGACAACAAUCUGCUCCGACAAGACUGGUACUUUAACUCAAAACAAGAUGACGGUUGUUGCUGGGACUAUCGGAACGUCUCAUCGAUUCGGAAGCGGAGCAUCUGAGAAAGGAGAGGAGCUAUCCGAGAAGGAAUUUGCUAGCGCUCUCUGCAAUGGAGCUCAAGAGAUUCUGCUAAAAUCAAUCUCACUAAACUCGACAGCUUUCGAAGGCGAGCUAGACGGCGUGAAAUCUUUCAUCGGGUCCAAAACAGAGACUGCGCUACUGGAAUAUGCUAAGGCCUAUCUUGGUAUGGGCCCGGUAAGUGAAGAGCGAUCGAACGCGAAGACGCUGCAGCUUAUUCCAUUUGAUUCUGGUCGAAAGUGUAUGGGUGUCGUCGUGCAGCUUGAGAACGGCAGCGCUCGUUUAUACGUCAAAGGAGCAUCUGAAAUCGUGCUUAAGAAAUGUUCGGCCAUUCUUCGUAACCCUACCCAGGACACAUCAAAUGCCCCCAUCACUAUGGACGACGUGGAAACUGUCAAGUCUCUUAUUGAAGAUUAUGCGUCCAGGUCUCUGCGAACUAUCGGAAUUGUUUACCGCGAUUUUGAGAGAUGGCCUCCACGAGGUGCCAAACGCGCCGAGGGUGAACAGAACGAGGUAAUAUUCGAGGAUAUUUUCAAGAACAUGACAUUCAUUGGUAUGGUCGGCAUCCAGGAUCCUCUCCGUGACGGUGUUCCCGAAGCGGUUAAGCAAUGCCAAAGGGCUGGCGUGAUUGUUCGCAUGGUCACCGGUGACAACAAACUUACGGCUGAGGCUAUCGCGAAGGAGUGCGGCAUAUUGCAGCCAGAUGGGUUGGUGAUGGAAGGACCAGAAUUCCGGAAUCUAAGCAAAUACCAACAAAAUGAGAUCAUCCCGCGCCUCCGUGUACUUGCGCGCUCUAGCCCCGAAGAUAAGCGCAUCCUUGUGCGUCGUCUCAAAGAUCUUGGUGAAACCGUUGCCGUCACUGGUGAUGGUACGAACGACGCGCCCGCUCUAAAGCUUGCGGACGUCGGGUUUUCCAUGGGCAUUGCUGGUACGGAAGUGGCAAAGGAGGCAUCUGCUAUCAUUCUUAUGGAUGAUAAUUUUAACAGUAUCGUGAAGGCCUUGAAAUGGGGUCGAGCUGUAAACGAUGCUGUCAAGCGUUUCCUCCAGUUCCAACUCACCGUUAACGUUACCGCCGUUGUAUUGACAUUCGUCACAGCUGUCUCCAGCAGCGACGAGGGCUCUGUGCUUACAGCAGUUCAGCUUCUCUGGGUCAACCUGAUCAUGGAUACUCUCGCAGCGCUUGCUCUUGCUACUGACCCUCCUCAAGACAGUUGCUUGGACCGAAAACCAGAACGACGAGGUGCCAGUAUUAUUUCGGUAACAAUGUGGAAAAUGAUUCUCGGCCAGGCUAUUUAUCAGUUGGCAAUUACUUUCAUACUUUACUACGGCGCGAUCACUAUUGGUAUAGUCCCAGAAGGCGAUUGGAAAUUCCCACAACGCGAUACCCUCGUUUUCAACACCUUCGUAUGGAUGCAAAUCUUUAACCAAUGGAACAAUCGUCGCUUGGACAACCACUUCAACAUUUUCGAAGGCCUGACACAGAAUUGGUAUUUUAUUAUUAUCAAUGUUGCUGUGUCUGGCGCUCAAGUCCUUAUCAUCUUUGUUGGUGGAGCCCCCUUUAGUAUUUCUGGGUCCGAUCCAACACAGACGGGUCCUCAAUGGGCAUGCGCAAUCGUCCUCGGUGUCAUUUCCAUUCCUAUUGGAAUGGUCCUUCGUCUUAUUCCAGAUGAGCUGAUCAGCAAAUGUGUUCCCGAGGUUCUCAAGAAGAAGCGCGGUAUCCCUGGAUUAACAGUUUCAGACGAGGAGCGCUUCGAGGAGUAUCCAGAGGUUCUUGCAGAUGUUAGAGACGAGCUUGCAUUCCUGAAGAAGCUCAAGGGUGGACGCCUGAACAAUUUGAAAUUUGCCGUCAGACAAACCCGAGACAAUUUCAUCUCGAAGACAAGGAGCCCGUCCCAUUCUCGAUCGAAUUCGGUGAAAGCACCGCAAACCCCAACGCGCGAAGACAGUUUCAGCUCUCCCUCCCCAGCACCUACUCCAGAUUCCAGAAAGCGUUCCAGGUCGAUAAGAUCACGAUCAAACUCGGCACUAGGAGCCCCUACGGUUAUGGCAGGCAUCAUUGCUGGCAGUGUAGCAGCUGGGUGGUCGCCGAUAGAGAGGACUGGAGAUCGCGAUUUCCCACCAACCCGUCCGACACCUUCACCACUAUCUAAUCGCGAACACGGCGAACUAGAGCCAGCACCUGUCCUAACAGAGGAACCGAUGUCGAUCGAAGAUUCCGGUCCUUCCAGUGUACCUCGGCUCAGCGUCCCACAACCACCCCAAAAACAAAAAUCUAUUUCUUAG